AUGUUGUGUGCAAACAUUAGUUAUGAUGAAGUCCCUAAACAUUGUAUUCUAGAAAAGUAUUAUCAGCUGAAACAUGAAAAAGAAUUGUUAUUCGAAGAAAUCGCAGAGUUGCUUCGCCACUUACAGUUGGCAGAAGAUGCCAUCGAAGAACACUCAGCAAGAGAGGAUCAUCUGAGUCAGAAGCUUCACAGUUUUUCAGAAGUUAAAGGGGAAAGAGAUGAACUGUUGGAAUAUUUGGAAAAGGAAGAGAUAUCUAAAUAUGCCUUGGAAAGUUUACUAGAGGCACAAAAGCGUCGCAGUUUACAAUUAGAGGCUGAGGCGGUGAUGUUCGAAGCUAAAGAAACAAUGUUAAAUAACAAGAUAAUUAAGCUGGAGAAACAACUAACAAAAAGGGAUGAACAGAUCUCAGAGCUUAUCAAUAUAAUUCAUGAUUGUGAGAACUUAUUGAGUAGAAAUGAAGAGCAGGUAACUAAAAAGUUUCACGAAAUAUCUACGGCAACAUCUGAACUUUGUGAACUUCGUGCAAAAGUAGAGGAUAUUGAGCAUAACAUCAAUCUAAUGCAGAUAUUCAGUUCGAACUUUGAUGAAGCUGAAGAAAAUAAGCGACCUAUUCUAUCGCAUGAGGGAAUAGGAAUGCAUUCUCAGAGAACACCAACACUUUGGAGCAAUGUACCAUCAGAUGUUCGAGAACGAUUCCCAAUGGCAUUCGUCAGUGGAUAUGCUUUUCCAACGAGAUCAUUUUCAGCGCCUUCUGUAUUUUUCUCGGGAAAGUAUGAAAAGAAAAGAAGUACCGUCAACGGCGAAAUGAAGCAUGAGAAGAAGGAAAGUAUUGACCUGUCUUUAUUUCCAUCAGUUACUAUAAAAAGCCAGUUGAAUGGGACUAACUUUCGUAAGGUUAAUCAAGAAAAUGAAAGUUUGGAAAAUAAUAAGCUUUUCUACAUGCCAAGUUUUGAAAAUGCAAAGUGCAUCCAGUCGUCACAAUAUUUAAAACAAACACCGAGUGUCAAAAUGAUUAUUCUCAAUAAUCAGAAAAAAUAA